GUUUGUUUUGGCCGUGGUAGAUGAUCUGGGAUCUGCGUUGGAAGGCAGAAGAGCAGCUGUUUGCAAGAGACCAUGAAGGACCUUGAGCUGGGAAAGGACUAUGUGCUCCCGAGCCCUGGGUACAGGGGAGUUUCCUGCAGGGACGCACAGCAGCCCAAGGACAGCAGCAAAUACCACUUACCCAAGGUGCAGCGCCCUUUGUGCCAGGAUGCCUUGGAGACAGCAGCACGGGCUGAGGGUCUGCCUCUGGAUACCAUGACCCUUCCUCACCUGAAAGAGCUGGAGGAAGACAGGCACAGGAGCAAGUACCACCACAGCCUCAGCCUCCUCAAGCCCAUCCGCUCCACUAACAAACACCAACAUCCUGUAGACAAUGCUGGUCUAUUUUCUUUUAUGACCUUCAACUGGCUCACUCCUCUGGCCUUCAAAGCUCAUAAGAAAGGGCAGCUCUUCAUGGAUGACAUCUGGGCAUUGUCCAAGUGGGAGAGUUCAGAGCUCAACAGCAGGAGGCUGGCGGCACUGUGGCAGGUGGAGCUGAAGAGCCGCGGGGACGAGGCCUCCCUGCACGCCGUGGCCUGGAGUUUCUGCCGCACCAGGCUGCUCCUGUCUAUAGUGUGCCUCAUGAUCACGCAGCUCGCGGGCUUCAGUGGACCAGCCUUUGUGGUGAAGCGCCUGCUGGAGUACACGCAGCAGAGCCAGCCCGACCUGCCCUACGGCUUGCUCCUGGUCCUGGGCCUGCUCGCCACCGAGGUCGUGCGCUCCUGGUCCCUGGCGCUCACCUGGGCUCUCAACUACCGCACCGCCACCCGGCUGCGAGGUGCCAUCCUCACCAUGGCCUUCCACAAGAUCCUGCGGCUCAAGAACAUCAGGGACAAGUCCAUGGGCGAGCUGAUCAACAUGUGCUCGAGCGACGGGCAGAGGAUGUUCGAGGCGGCAGCAGUUGGCAGUCUGCUGGCUGGUGGCCCUCUUAUUGCCAUCCUGGGCAUGGUGUACAACAUGAUCAUCCUGGGACCCACCUCACUGCUGGGCUCUGCAGUCUUCAUUCUCUUCUACCCUGCUAUGAUGUUUGUCUGUAGGCUUACAGCUUAUUUCAGAAGGAAGGGAGUGUCUGUGACUGAUAAACGGGUUCAGAAGAUGAACGAAAUUCUCAACUACAUCAAGUUUAUUAAGAUGUAUGCCUGGGUGAAGGCCUUCUCUCAUGGAGUACAGAGAAUUCGUGAGGAGGAGCGGAGGAUCUUGGAGCGUGCUGGUUACUUCCAGAGCAUCACUGUGGGUGUAGCGCCUAUUGUAGUGGUCAUCGCCAGUGUGGCCACCUUCUCCAUACACAUGCUGCUGGGCUACGACCUAACUGCUGCUCAGGCCUUCACAGUGGUCACAGUCUUCAACGCCAUGACCUUCGCUCUCAAAGUCACCCCAUUCUCAGUGAAGUCCCUCUCUGAGGCCUCUGUGGCUAUGGAGCGGUUUAAGAGUUUAUUUCUAAUGGAGGAGGUUCAAAUGAUUAGGGCUAAACCAGCGAGCCCCCACAAUGUCAUCGAGCUGAUAGGCGCAAGCUGCGCGUGGGACUCGGCCAGCUCCAGUGUCCAACCCACGCCGCGGGGCACCCCCAAGGUUAGCACAGGCAAGCGCAAGAGGCCGCACAGGGAGGAGGAGAAGGUGGAGCAGGCGGCGCUGGCGGAGCAGAGAGGCCAGUUACUGACGGAAAACGAGGAGCCGUCCAGUCCUGAGGAUGAGGGCCGAGCUAUCCCGACCAUCAGCCUGCGACUGCAUAGGAUUCUGCACUGCAUCGACCUCACAGUGCAGCAGGGCAAACUGGUUGGAAUCUGUGGAAGUGUGGGGAGUGGAAAGACCUCCCUGAUCUCUGCUAUUCUGGGACAGAUGACACUGCAGGAGGGCAGUAUUGCAGUGAAUGGGGACUUUGCCUAUGUGGCACAACAGGCCUGGAUACUGAAUGCCACCUUGAGAGACAACAUCCUCUUUGGGAAAGAAUACGAGGAGGAGAGGUACAAUGCUGUGCUGAAUGCGUGCUGCCUGAGGCCUGACCUGGCUAUUCUCCCCAAUGGUGACAUGACAGAGAUUGGGGAGCGCGGUGCUAACCUGAGUGGGGGUCAGCGUCAGAGAAUCAGCCUGGCACGGGCCUUGUACAGCAACAGGGCCAUCUACAUCCUGGAUGACCCCCUCAGUGCUCUGGACGCACAUGUGGGUAACCAUAUCUUCAACCAUGCCAUCAAGAAACAGCUCAAGCAGAAGACCAUCUUGUUCGUCACCCAUCAACUGCAGUACCUGGUGGACUGUGACGAUGUGCUCUUCAUGAAGGAUGGUAGUAUCACAGAGAAGGGCAGCCAUGAGGACCUGAUGCAGCUCAAUGGAGACUACGCUGCCAUGUUCAACAACCUGCAGCUGGGGGACGCCCCCUGCAUUGAGAUGAGUAACAAGAACACGAGCAACUCCUUGAAGAAGCCUUCUGAGAAAGCAGCCAAGGCUAGCUCUGUGAAGAAAGACAAGCCUGUCAGCAAGGAUGACGGCCAGCUGAUGCAGGUGGAGGAAAAGGGGAAGGGUUCUGUGCCCUGGUCAGUGUAUGGCAUUUAUAUUCAGGCUGCUGGUGGCCCCCUGGUCUUCUUUAUCCUCCUGUCUCUCUUCGUGCUCAAUGUGGGCAGUACAGCCUUCAGCAACUGGUGGCUCAGCUACUGGAUCAAGCAAGGCAGUGGGAACACCUCUGUGUUUCUGGGUAAUGACACAGUGGUGAGUGACAGCAUGAAGGAUAACCCUCUGAUGCAAUACUAUGCCGGCAUCUACGCUCUCUCUAUGGCCAUCAUACUCAUUUUCAAGUUUGUGCGUGGGAUAGCGUUUGUGAAGGGUACCCUGCGUGCCUCCUCCAGGCUGCACGACGAACUCUUCCGCAAGAUCCUGCGCAGCCCCAUGAAGUUCUUCGACACGACCCCCACUGGGCGCAUUCUCAACCGCUUCUCCAAGGACAUGGAUGAAGUGGACACCCGGCUGCCCUUCCAGGCAGAGAUGUUUAUUCAGAACGUGAUCCUGGUGUUCUUCUGCCUCGGGGUGAUUUCCUGUGUGUUCCCGUGGUUCUUGGUUGCAGUGGGUCCUCUGGUCAUCCUUUUCACUGUCCUGCACAUGGUUUCCAGGGUGUUCAUCAGAGAGCUGAAGCGCCUGGACAACAUCACCCAGUCUCCCUUCCUCUCCCACAUCACCUCCAGCAUCCAGGGGCUGACCACGGUGCACGCCUACAACAAGGGCGAGGAGUUCCUGUACAGGUACCAGGAGCUGCUGGAUGAGAACCAGGCACCCGUCUACCUAUUCAACUGCGCGAUGCGCUGGCUGGCUGUGCGUCUGGACGUCAUCAGUGUGGCUCUCAUCAGCAUCACCGGCCUCAUGAUUGUUCUCAUGCAUGGCCAGAUUCCCCCUGCCUACGCUGGUCUGGCCAUCUCCUAUGCUGUGCAGCUCACAGGGCUUUUCCAGUUCACUGUGCGUCUGGCCUCUGAGACCGAAGCUCGCUUCACCUCCGUGCAGAGAAUAAACCAUUACAUCAAGUCUCUGGACCUUGAAGCUCCUGCCCGCAUUAAAAACAAGGCCCCUCCAAAGGAAUGGCCGCAGGAGGGCGAGAUUGUGUUUGACAACACAGAGAUGAGGUACCGAGAGAACCUGCCCCUGGUGCUAAAGAAGAUCUGCUGCACUAUCCGGCCUAAGGAGAAGAUUGGCAUUGUGGGCAGGACUGGUUCAGGGAAGUCCUCUCUCGGCAUGGUGCUGUUCCGGUUAGUGGAACCCUGUGGCGGCUCCAUCAAGAUCGAUGGUGUGAAUAUCUGCGACAUCGGCCUGGCGGACCUGCGCAGCAAGCUGUCCAUCAUGCCCCAGGAGCCCGUGCUGUUCAGCGGCACUGUCAGGUCAAACCUGGACCCCUUCAAUCAGUACGAGGAGCAGCAGAUCUGGGACGCGCUGGAGAGGACGCACAUGAAGGAGUGUAUCACUCAGCUGCCCCUGAAGCUGGAGUCGGAGGUGGUGGAGAACGGAGAGAACUUCUCCGUGGGGGAGCGACAGCUGCUGUGUGUGGCCCGGGCCCUCCUGCGCCGCUGCAAAAUCCUGAUCCUGGAUGAGGCCACGGCAGCAAUGGACACGGAGACGGAUUCCCUGAUCCAGGAGACGAUCCGCGAGGCGUUUGAGGACUGCACCAUGCUCACCAUUGCGCACCGGCUGCACACUGUGCUGAACUGUGAUCGCAUCAUGGUGCUCAACCAGGGACAGGUGGUGGAGUUUGACGAGCCAUCCAAGCUCCUGCUGAAUGAGAACUCGCGCUUCGGUGCCAUGCUGGCUGCUGUGGAAAACAAGAUCACCGUGAGAGGCUGAAGGUCGAGCGCCCACGCCCACGAGGGGAGAAGAGCAUCCUGCCCGAUGUUCACACCACACACUGCAGGGGGCGCUGUGCUCCGCCAGUACAGGGACCCGAGUGGCACAGAAAUGUUGCCGCUGGACACGGUCCUGACUGAACUGCCUCCUCUGCUGUUGAUCUGAAACGCACUCUGAACUGAUCCAGUCAGGGAACCAGCGAUACUGUAAUGUUUGAGUUUCUAUCAAAACAAAGCUUUACAUGUGUAGCUAUAUUUACACAGGUCUGUUUUAUAGAAUAUAUAUAUUUACAGUGAAAUGUAAAUGUAAGCUAAGUUUAUUUUGUACUGACUUUAUAUGUACAUAUUCACUGGAUGUAACAUGUUCUUGAUUUCAUAUUUUUAUGUUCCAGCCUUGUAGUCUGAUAUUUGUAUUUAGUAUUUUAACAUCUUAUGAAAUGUAUAAUUAUGUGCUUGUCAUCUGGUAUCCAGCACCUGAUGAAAUGCUUUUCCACCCACUUCUACUGCUGGGUAGAGCUGCUCUCUCCAACCUGUCUCUGCCCCAGGCUCUGAGGUGGUCUUGAUUUUUUAUUUUUUUGAGAAGGUAUGUGACUUGUCAUUGCACUGUUAGACUGGGAGCCAGUCUGCACCAGGCUUUCAGCACUGCAGGUCUGUGCUGUUUCAGGGCCAAUGACUCAAGUCCUGUUGAGGUGUGACCUCUACGAGAGGCCUUGUCUGCGGACCGAUUGUUUUACCCUUCUGUGUUUAGUCUUGAGGAAAUCGUCCUUUCUUGUCGAGUGUCUUCUUGACCCGUUGAUUACAGUGUCGUAAUUGUCUCCUCCCUGUCGAGGAGUGUGGGAUCCCAGCUGUCCGUCACUCAUGCGGUGUGCCCGCAGGAUCCAAUCCAGGCUCGCUAGCGGGAUUGUUCACAUCCCAGAGCCCUUCCUAGACUGUAGUAACACUCUUCUGCCUGCUGGGGGCAGAUUUGCUGUAUAGCGUAACCACAGCUGUGCUGUAACAUCAGAGAGUCAGGUGUGUGCUGUUCCCAUGGAAGUUGUCUUAAGAUUCUGUACCCGUUCAUGGGUUCGUACUGUAACUGUAGUGGCUUCCCAGGAGGCCCGGCUGAAUGUCUGUGUGUUGUUUGUUUUUUUUUUUUGACUUUUUAUAGCCUUAGCAUGACUACAUUAUUGCCUUGUGAGAGAAAGAGGAGAGAUGAGAACAAAAUAUUAAAAUUAUUUUGGGAGUUUA